AUUAUAUGUAAAUGCAGUAAAUCCCAAUUCAGUAUAUGUAAAUGGUAUAAAGGUAAUGUACUCUCAAUUAUGGUAAACCUCAUUUCAGCACCAUGCAAAAUCAAACACUUAUUAACAUGCUGUCCCCACAGACAGCAACCUACUGCUAAAAGAAAGGUACUGCUUACAUUAUUUCUACAAACAACAAACAACUUAGGUUUAAGGCUUUAAGGUGAAGUGGAUGAAAUUAGUCUUAUAUUAUUUAGUAAAAGUUUAAAGUCUAUUAAAGUCUUUUGAAUUACCAAAAAAACUGAUUGUAAAUUAGACAAAGCUUUUUCAAUUGUGUGCCAUCAUCAAUAAUCAAUAAUGAACAAAGUUGUUACUAACCAAUGAUAGCACUGAGCCCAGUGGCACUCCUUUUGUAACUUGAAGGAAUUUGAAUAUUGAUAAGCUUUUCAAAGCGUUUUGGCUAAAAAUGACAUUUUGACCACUGGAUAAUAGUAAAUUGUAUAGCUGUUGUCACUGUGUUUAUGCAUCAUUGUUCACAGUUACCAAUAUUACAGCACAUUUACGGGUCUGUACUUACAUAGUAGGAAUUACAGCAAAUAUAUUUCCACACUGGUGGUUGUUGUUCUGCAGGGUAUGAUCAUUUUUCCUAUUAAAUUAAAUAUAUAGCCAUAUCAGAGGAGUAAAAUAAGCUGCAUUGCAGGGCGACAUAUAUUGACAAUAUGGAAGACGUUUCAAUAAAUGCACCUAUGUACAAACCAUACUAGUUCACACUCUUUUGACUGCUGGAAUCAGUCUUUUACUACAGAUAGAUAUAGAUUUUAAACUGGUUUGACUAUUAUUAAAUGCCAUGCAAUGCAGUAAAUCCUCAGGAGACAAAUAAUAAAGUACAAUAUUCCUAUUAGCUUUAGUAGAAAUCAACUGGACUUCUCUUGUAACUUCUUCCAGAAAUCAACUGUAACCAGCAGUUAAGUUGAUUUCUACUGAAGCUCCUACAAUUGCCAUGAGUUGGAUGAUUGAGAAUCUACAUAGAGAUAAAGUACAAUGUUUUUGCGCCAUUAAAGAGGGUGGCCUCAGAUAUGAACAAAGUCUUCACUUGGAGGUCAGCUUAAGACUACUUCUGAAGGAUCAGCAUAUUCACAUCCUACAAGCAGCACAAAUGUUGCACCAUAGAGAUUAGAAAUAAUUUCACUUCUGCUCUUUUAGUAAUGCUACUUCCUUUUCUCAUUUCUAACGAAUUUACUGUUGAUGAGUCCAGGGUUGUGUCCUCACCGGACACUGCCCAAAUUGUGGCUCACAUAUGAUCGCAUCUUAUCUCAACUAAACAGGGAGAAUGGAGAAGAAUGAAAGCCCAGAUUGUAAAUUUGAUGGCGGAUUUAAUGCACUGAUUUGUCAAGAGGACUUGGAGGAGCAUCCUUACCACCAAUUUGGUCAAGUGCCCAUGUUCAGUAUGAAUCCUGGGAAACGCUGCAGACUGACUGUAAUGAUCCUGGCACUUCUCGCUGCUGUUCUACUGAUAGUUGAUAUUGGCCUGGGAGUCUAUUACAACAAGCUCACAGAUACUCACCUCACACUUGAUGAUACUGACCGCAUCGAAAAAGAGGUGACAACACUCCAUGAUACUUACAAGGCCGCAGUCGAAGCCAUUAAGGGGGCAAAGAAGCAGCUGGACAGUGAGAUGAGCCGUCAGAAAGAAACCAAUUGGGAAUUUGAACACCAGACAAGAAGAAGCAACGACUAUGAAGUACAGAUUGAUAAAAUUACAAAGGAGAUAGCAGUUCUGAGAACACACCUACCAAUGAUUUAUGAUGGCUGCAGACACUGCCCACCAGGAUGGCUUCUGAUGAACUCAGUGUGUUACUACUUCCCUGUCUCGAAAAGCACUGGACUCAAAUCAUGGCAGAGUUCCAGGGAAUUCUGCCAAAUGCACGGAGGGGAUCUUGCAGUCAUAGACACCAAAGACAAACAGAACACAACUGUAAAUUACUUGAUGAGUCAUCACGAUUUUCCACUACAACAUGGGUACUGGAUUGGGCUGAGAGAUUUACAGGAGGAAGGGACUUGGAAAUGGUUGGAUGGAACAGAGCUUGUUGAAGGGUAUUGGCGUGACGGUGAACCAAAUGAUGUGGGCAAUGAGGACUGUGUCAAGGUGGUAGUUGUAGAAAACUUCUUCAAGUCUUGGAAUGACUUACCCUGUGAUAGGCUACAGAAAUGGAUUUGUGAAAAAGCAUCAACUUCUACAAGCUGAAAACAUCUUCAAGGAGACACACAAUUAUACUCUAGGUAUAUGUGGACAUGUUAGUAUAACAAACAUUUCUGAAAACACUAUUUGAUACAUCGUUAAUACUUUUCUUGAAGUAUAAAUAAUUUCUGAAUGCUUUCUAAACUUAUAAUUACUUGCUGUUUGUUUUAAUGAGACAGUUUUCAAUAAACUGAUUCUUGUAAGUGUUUGAUAGCCAGUUGUUCUUCUCAUUCUGCACUUCUUUAUCCCUUUUAAUACAAACUAAAACUAAAAUGUCUCAACAAUAUGCUAUGGUGUUAUGGGGAUUAUAAACAGAUUUUGUUCCAUAAUGGGUAAUUCAGAAUAAGAUGUAACAUGUCAGUAGUAAGCAUCACAGGCGCUCAAAAGUGGAUGUUUCUGUGAUGCUAUGCUAAGCUAAGUGAAUUGAAGUGCACAUUUUCAAAAACUGCUUUUUUUUAAAGUUUUGCAAACACCUAGUUGUGAAAAGUCAGCAAGAAAGUUCGAUAAACAGGAGAGAAAUUUGCAGAAGGAAAUAAAAUCUGCACUGUUCUA